AUGGUGGACUUGGUGUCAUUGACUCAAAAUUUGUUACACCCUCGUGAACGAGUCUUGAAAGUUCUCGUGUUAAACGCUAAUGAACAACCUGAUCAGCUGUAUCAGAGCCUGCAAAUGGCUGAACAAAAUGUUGAAGUUCAAAAUGACUCAUCAAUCACAAAUUCAAAUCAAAACCCAAACAUUGAUCCGGUCAGUGGAUCUGAUAUGAAGACUCAUGAUCCAACAUACCCAAGCAGCCCUUAUUUCAUCGGCAGCAAUGAUAGUACUGGAGCUGUGCUAGUUACUCACAUGUUAGAGACAAACAACUACCAUUCUUGGGCCAGAUCCAUGAAACGAGCUCUUAGAAUCAAGAACAAAUUGGGAUUUAUAGAUGGAACUCUUUGUGAGCCAAGUGACCAGAAUGAUCCUUUAAUGGAGCAUUGGCUUAGAUGUAAUUACUUGGCUUCAGAACACCAUGACAAUAGAUAUCAAAUGCAGCACUAUGAUAAUGUGAGUGUUUAUUUCUCUAAAUUCAAAACCCUUCUGGAUGAGCUAUUGAACUAUAAAUCUAUUCCCAAUUGUACUUGUGGAGGGCUGAAAGUGGUAGUCCAAAAUCAACAACGAGAUUGGGUGAUGAAGUUUCUGAUGGGAUUAAACGAAUCAUACAAGGAUCUCAAGGCUCAAAUUCUGUUGAUGAAGCCAUUCCCUACCUUGAAUGAAGUCUAUGCAACUAUACAACAAGAGGAAAAAAGAGGGAACCUGAGAGAAAGUAGGAAGCAGAAUUCUUCACUGCAUAAGAAAGAUAACUAUUAUCGUACCCAUUGUAGAAUUGCAGGGCAAUCCCUUGAGAGAUGCUUCAAGGCCAACCCUAACAGGCCUAUAUGUUCUCACUGUCAAAUGCAUGGUCACAAGGCAAAUAAAUGCUUCAAGUUGCAUGGAUAUCCAUUUGGCUACAAAGAUAAAGAGAAGAGCAAAUACAAGGCAGCAGCAAACCAAGCCUCUGCACUUAUGCCUCUGAAUCAGGAACAUGAAAACAAAACCCAAGUAUCUUUGACUCAGGAGCUGUACUCUCAACUCAUGGCCUGCUCAAACCAUCAGCAAACCAAGUCCAAAACAUUGAUUCAACUUCAGACAUUAUUCCAAAGCUCUCUGGUUACGUGCUCUAUGGCUUUGCCAAAUGGAAAUACCAUACCUGCUACUGAAAUUGGCACAGCCCAAGUCACAAAAUCUUUGGUCCUUCGUGAUGUGCUUUGUGUCCCAUCUUUUUCUUUCAAUUUGAUAUCUGUUAGGAAACUUACCCAGGACCCUUUGACUUGGAAAACGACUGGAAUGGGUGAAUUGAAGUUUGGCCUCUAUCAUAUGCUGCAAACAACAGUCUCUCCUACAGCUCUUCAACAAAGCUUGACUCACCUAGCUGCAUCUCCUCCCAUUUCAGCAACUGUAAUCAACCCAUCCAAAGAUUUUGAUAUCUGGCACUACGGUUAG